CGCGCGCAUCUCUCUUGUACGUGUUGGCGCUCUUCUCGUCGCGGAGAGAAGGAGGAGUAGAAGAAGCCCGCGAAAUCGCGAUCAACGCGGCAUUGCGCGCUCGGGCUUCGUGCUCUCGCAUCACGAUAUCGAUAUUAAUAGCCCAUAUUUUCGCGUAUGAUUCGACUAUAUGAAUUUGCGAAUUCGAAAAGUUUGUUUCUCGAUCGAAUUUUGGAAUUUUGUAAAUGGUCGGUUAUGCCGCGGGAGGGAGGGGGAGCGGAGCUAUCUUUUGAGUGUCACGUGAUUCGCGCCCGCGACGAUAUUCGCGAAUUUGUAGUGACUGUGUCGACAGUGAAGUUGUCCGUCAUCAUUCGGAGCAUCACCCGUCUGUGGAAUGCAACGCAUAAAAAAGAACAGCCAACAUAUUACGCGUCAAAGUUUGGAAUUUUCGUGUGAUUGUUCGUUUCGGAAUACGAAGCUUCGGGAUUUUCGUGUGAUUAUUCGCGUUUCGUGGUACAAGCAUUCGAGUGGAUAAAUAGUACGUCGCGUUUAUUUGGAAGACUUUCGCGAGUUGUUUGUUGUUUUACGCGAACUCGAGAGUUACGUUGCAUAUUUCGGGGCGCUACGUUAAAUUAUUCCGAAAUGAUGGCGCGAAGCGCGUGAAGUGAGCCGCUCUGUUACAGCGUCGGGCGACCAUAUUCGAAUUCCCGCCUUGUUCAGACCGGCCGGGAUCGCGCGCACGAUUCGAUAAUUUUGCGGAAGCGACGAUCGCAAAUUCGCGAGUGCUAACCGGUUGGCGAGAGUUGCCGAAGGAUCUCCAGCGAUGUAUCUGCACAGGAUGAGAGUGUUGCGGAAGAAGGGGGAUGAUCUGACCGAUCAUGAAGCAGCGUGUUGUGGACAUCGCUAGAAGGCUCCACGUUUGCGACGACAUCCAGUCAGCGAAUUUGGAUAUAUAUUAUGGAGAUGCGGACAGAAAGACCACGAACUGCCGGUCGAAUAGCACCAACCGGAAGAGUGACACCAACGGUGCAUCAAACUAAUGGAGGUAGGAGGAAAGCUAUACCAGUUCCACCUCCGAGAGUGCCGACUCCUAUGCCCAUUGCGAAUAAUAAUCAGCAAAGGAACAAUGCCAACGUCGUCGUCCCGCCCACCGUAUCGGCCGUGUCGAAGAAAGAACCGCACGAAAACAUCGCCCGGAUAGCGAAGCGGUACCUCGACGAUAACAUGCAGCAGGCGUGGAUCAAUCCUCGUCUAAUAUCGAUGAUAAAUAUGGAAGCGGUGACAUCGACCGACUACGACUCCACGAAUCUCAGCAGAAACUUUAAUCAAGUCGGCUUUAACACAUAUAAUUACUCACAGUUCGAGGAGAAGUACAAGCCGCGACUUUUCAAGUACAGCGAUGAAUAUCUCGAGUACGGGCACAAACUCAGUGCCAAUGAAAGGUACGCGCGAUCUAAGUAUCAGGAUGGGCUCGAUCAGCGAUACUCACGCAGCCACUCUCAGCCGGAACGGCAACAUCAUCUGUACCAGGAGACACGCUCCAAGUCUCAGGAUUCACGCGAGCUCACAUUCUAUCAAAUAAAUCCGCCUGUGAAAACGGAGAAUCCUCGGCAACAUGACAAGUCGCAUCAAAAGCUGAAGAAGGAGCUGACAUUCUACGAGAUCGACGGACCGCCAUCCUGUCAAGAGAAGAGGGAGAAGUCCGAGAUAUGCAAGGAGCGUGUCGACAAAGGGACCAAGUCUCACGACAAGUCUUACGCUGGUGGUCAGGAGAAGUCGCAAGCCGCGAAGCACGGCAGGCAGAGUCACCAGGAGCAGCAGAAAACAUUGGCGAACGUUUCGGCACACUGUCAGCUGAACCGGUCGCAGUCGGAUCUCACGGAGUGCCAGCUACCGAAUUACUGCGGCCAUCGAAAUAAUCCAUACAUCGAUCCGCCCAAGUAUCGACAGUUUGACAGGCCGCCGCGCUAUCAAGAGACUUCGCCGAGAGUAAUGGAACCGCCGCCUAAAUAUCAUGCCGAUCCGCCUAAGUACAUCGAGGUAUCCAGACGACAGGACGACUUUAAGAAGAUCCAGGAGGAGAGGGGCAGACGACAAGGUGGUAGUGGCAGCGGGGGGGGCAGCAUCAGCGGCGGUGGCAGUGGCGGUAAUUCCAGUGGGGGAAGAGGGAACACCGGCACUCAUGGCGCCGAGACGCCCUCUAAUCUGGCCAGUAUCACGCCGACCGCGCGAGAAGCAACACGUGCCCCGAUCGCGCGUCAACGGAUCUUCCACAAAGCGUGCGACGUGCGCAAUAACAGUAGCAAUAACAACAAUAACAAUAGCAAGGAGAAUUUGCUACAGGAGACCGGCGAUGAUUGCGACGCAACGUUAUCCACGCGCUGUUACAUCGAAUCGCUGAAAAAUCAUCAUCACCAUCAUCAUCAUCAUCAUCAUCAGCAAACCCGUGGGCUCAACGAUAGCAACAUCGCAAGCGGUGUCAUUGUUGGUAAUGUUUUCGCGGACGGUGGCUGCGACGGUUCGUGCGGCGAGGUAGCAACGUGUGACAAGUACAAGGGUACCGGGUCGGAGUCGAAUCGGAGCAGUAGCGGUGACGCGAUUCAAGGUCGUUCGAGCGAGAAAUCCAUGCUGAAGAUCGAGAAGCUAUCGGGCAAAGUGGCUUUACACAGCGGCAGCGGCAGCGAAUCUGUGGCGGUCGGCAAGUGCAACGCGGAAAGGAUGAAGCCGGCCUCGCAGGAGGCCGGCUACAACAAGCACGAGGUCAGCAAAGUCAAAAGCCACGAUGUCGGGCAUGGUUACAAGGUCGAGAACCUGCGUUAUUACGGCGAGUUGAAGGGUUACGCCGACUUUAAGGUUUACGGUGCCGUUGACAAGCAGCCGGCGUCCGCGCUGGUAUCCGCGCAUGAGAAAUCGCAUCUUCUCCACCCGCCCUCCUCGUGCGAAAAGGGUGACAAGUGUCACGGCAAGAUGCUGUCCUCGUCCGCGCAAGGUUACGCUUCGGGUAAGAUCGGUCAGCCACAGUCGGAGAAGAGUCACCACAGCGGGGAUCACUACUACCAUAGAUCAUCGCAUUCGAAACCGUCGAGCGCGUAUCAGGUGUACCAGGAGACCAAGUACUCGUACAACGUGAGCGGAGUGCCCGGGACGCCGGCGCAGGCCAGCGCAGCCGCAGCGUUCUUCGCAAGAGCAGCGCAGAAACUCAAUCUGUCGUCGAGCCCGCAUCGGAGACGACGUUCCGGCGACGAGAACAUCGGAUCUGACGAGCUGCCCAUUUUUCCCAAUGGAUACGCCGCGCUCCUUCUCAAGUCACCACCUCCGGCACCGCCCGCCCUUCUCAGGAGGAUAGGUGUAAAGGAGCUCACCGGAGUCGGGAAGGUAAAAGUUAUGCUGAGGGUAUCGUCUGGAGAUGGAGGCAGCUUCUUCAAUGCGGAUAAGCGGAAGAAACAAGUUACCUUAGUGGAUCCAGCAUCCGGGCAAUCUUCAUCGGCAGAAGAUCGACGGCCUACUGUAGCGGCGCCGAAGAUGUUCGCGUUCGACGCUAUCUUUACCGAGGAAGACUCCCAGACUGAGAUCUGUUCCAGCGCUCUUACGGACGUAAUUCACGCGGUCAUCAAUGGAACGGAUGGUUGUCUAUUUUGUUUUGGACACGCUGGCUUAGGCAAGUCUCACACUAUGUUGGGAACUCCGGAAGCUGGUCAUACGCUGGGCGCAAUUCCUUGCGCCAUUGCGUGGCUCUUCCGCGGAAUUUCUGAACAACGACAGAGAACCGGCGCUAGAUUUAGCGUUAGGGUCAGCUGCGUAGAAUUGACCACCGGUCAGCAACAACUGAGAGACCUGCUUGCAGCGCACGCGAACGACUCGGAACAAUCGCCGGCCGUAUACCUCAGGGACGAUCCACUAUUUGGUACCCUUCAAUUGCAGCAGCACAGCGAGCUCCGUGCGCCUACGGCGGAACGUGCGGCUUUCUACCUCGAUGCAGCGGUCGCCGGUCGUCAACGGGAGGACGGCGACGCGCAUAUGCUCUAUACAUUGCACGUGUACCAAUACAGCGUCGCCGGCAAGGGCGGAGUUGCCGGUGGCAGAAGUCGUCUACAUCUGAUGGAUCUAGGAAAUUCAGACCGCGGCAAGUCCUCAGGCGGAAUUCCUCUCUCCGGUCUGGGCAACAUUCUCCUCGCGAUCUUUAACGGUCAGAAGCAUCUGCCGUACAAGGAACACAAAUUGACACAACUGCUCAAGGAGUGCCUCGGCUCUUUGACCUGUCACGCGGCUAUGAUAGCUCAUGUAUCUCCCAAUGCCCAGCACUAUACGGAGACACUCACUACCGUUCAACUGGCGUCGAGAAUCCAUCGGAUGCGACGUCGGAAGAUCAAGUUUGUCGGCGGCGGCACGCAAGGUACCGGAAGCGGCGGCAGUUCCGGCGAGGAGGCGGCCCGGCAGAACAGCGAGUGCGAUCCCAGCUCGAGUGAUCUAUCCGCCGACACGGUGAUUUACGUCGGUCCGAGCGCCGACGAUGCCACCGACGGCGAACACCCGCCAGUCUACAUACCCAGCUUGAAUUCGGGUGACAAUCGUUGCGCGAUGGGCAGGGUGCUCCGCGGUUCCGCCGCCGAGAGACCGAGCAAGAUUCCAGAGGAACGCAGUCCGGCGCAUAAAUCCAAGACGGUAAAAACGCUGACGCAGACCGCGUCGAAGCAGACCUCGCCGGCGCACAGCGCGACGCCGAAAGCGAGUCCGGCCAGAAAGAAUUCCUCCAAGAGCGCGUCCUCAGUUUCCAAGAACAACGAUUCACCAGGUAGCAAGAUCCCGGUAGCGGCGCCGAGCGGCGGCUCCGACGAACAGUGGAUAGACGGUCCGAGAAUCUCCAAGUCGAAGGUCGCGGAGGCCAGACAUAUGCUGAAAGAUUCGCAUCACAAACGAGAGACGUGGAUCGACGGGCCGAUGCAGCUGACCAGCGCGCCGGCGCUGCAACUGCACGCUCAUCAGCAUGCAUCUUCCGGUUACGGUUUCAUGGACAGCCACAAGAAGAGCAUGAUUAGAAAAUGGGUGGAAAAUCAGUCGUCGCAGAUACAGCGGGCGAAGCACGCCGGGCCACGGCUCGACUCUUCCAAGAUGUCCUCCGGUCAGUCGUCCGGUCAGUUUAAAGAAUUGACGCAGUUCAAAACCUGCGGCGGGAUGGAAGACGACGAUACAUCAUUGUCCACGGCGGAGAGCGAUAGCUUGAAAGCGAACGAGAUCGAGGAUAUAACCGAAAAAUUGAGCGCCAAGCUGAAUCUGCUUAACGUUAAAUCCAAUACGGACUCAGGGUUGGAUUUGACGGCGAGCCCGGUGAUGGAUGACAGUGUCGAAAAGGGGAAGCUCGAUUUGCCGGAUGACGAAGACGACGAUGAAGAAAUCGUCGUACCUCCGCCGUUACCGUUGAUCGAACCACUCAGUAACGGAGUAAGCCGAGAAGUCUCCAUGGAAAGUCUGAAUCUGUCGCACAAGGAUAUCGUUCUACCUUCCAGGCAUUCGUUGUCUUCGGAGGAUGAGAUUUUAGAGAUUGUCGAGGUGGAAGAUUUGGAACCCGUACCUAUGCAGGAUUCGUGUUUACAAGUGACUGAAGAGGACAUCGCGCUAUGUAUGGGUGAAAAUCCUCUUCCUGAAAGCGAUCAAGAAGAACAUCCUCUAAGAAUUCUUAGCCAAGAAAAUCUCACUAUAGUGUCAACUUUCACAGACUCCAUGUCAGUGAUGUCAGACACGGAGAGAUACAGACCGCAUUAUCCGCCGCCGGUUGGCGCCGGUGUUCUACCUAGGCCAUACUUCGACCACGAGGACUUUCUCGAGCAAGAGACCAGGCACAAGUUCGAUCAGCUAGCCCGCCUGCAUGAGCUCUACCAAAGCAAACUCGCUCUCGCCAACGUUUCCAACUCCGUGACUUACCAGAGAGAAAACUCUUCCAUCGUCAACGUACGAGAUGCUCCAUCAGCGACCGUCUUCCGUCCGCCGUCUCGCUGUCAAUCCUUGUCCCUUUCGGAUGUCUUAUUCAACGACAACGCGAGCAAUCACGGCAGCAUCUAUAGUGAACCUGCGUACAUAGCCGGCAAACCCGAUCAGGAGAAGAUCUGCGAUAAUUGUCGCCAGAGUAUGUCCAGACCAGCAACGGCUUCUUAUUGGUACCCCAGUAGCGUCGCCCAUCUCGCCAGUCCUAGAAGGUACUGCGGCAAGUUGGGCGACUGCAAUAUCUCCAGUCUGAGGCAUCCGGAUGGCGCUUCGAAUCCCAACCUAAAGGAGGAGAUCGAAAGGAUACCCGGAAACGGAGCAUCCGGCUCAGAUCCCGAGGAAGAAUAUAUAGAGGCGAAGAAGCUAUUCACGGCUGCCGAGAGGUCUGAGAGAACGGUAACAGGAAAAUCCGACAUCGAAGAGGAUCUAAAAAUUCAAGGUGGCACUUCCUUGCAAUUGUCGAUGCCUUCUCCGGCGCCAUCCUCCGGACGAAUGCAACGCAAGAUCCUUAGUCUCGGCUCCUCGUUCGGUCUUAACAAGGAGAGCUCCGAUUCCGGUGCGGAUACAACGCCACGAGCGGCUAAACUAUCACCGGCCACAUUGUCCAGAUAUCGUGCCGAGAGCUCCGGUUACGAUAGUGUCGUCAGAGACAGCGAGACGAGCAGCAUCGCUAGCGACUCGUCCCGACAAACCGGAGCGUUACAGGAACAUCAAGCGGUGGGACAGCGGGCGGCAGGGUACGAGCUUCGGCGGUCGCGGGCCCACUGCCGGGCUCAACCGGGGCCGCCCGCGGCGUCGGCGAUUCUCGCGUAUACAGGCGAGGACGUAGACAUCCUGGACAGACGCGCGCGGGUGCGCUCGAAUCCACGUGGAACGAUGUCCAGGAUACACAGCCUGCGCCUGCGCCAGCGCCUUCUUAGGCUGGAGCUGCGCGAUGCCAAAAGACGCCUAAUGGUGCCCGACACUCGCUGGGACUAUAAUCUGUACGUGGAGGACAGUAUGGACUGGCGAAAUCCGUCAUUUUUGGAAGCUCUAACGGUCGAGACGUGCAUUCUACAGAAAAGAGUGGAGGCUUGUAAGAGCCACGUUCUUCUGGUCACCUGCUUCGACUCUUGUCCUCAGCAGCCGACAGCGGCCGAGAUUAAAAUCACCUAACGUAGACUUAGAUCAGCACGCACGACCGCGUGUUGAUCAGCAAUCCCGCCCAUCCACCUACGAAUUUAAUCGUUGAAACGAGACGAGCGAGGUCGCCGAAUAAAAUGGAAUAAAUUAGCAGAGAAUGACGUCGAUGUCGCUCGACUCCGUCCAGUAGUUGUUAAUAAUAUAUUGUGGUCAUCGUCAUGUAUGUCGUCGCUAUUGUUAAGCCUAAAACGGUACUAGCAAGAUUAAACGAGAAAUAAAAGAAAAAGUCUCACACUGAAAUAUCGCACACGUACACGCACACGCACGUGUCUUAUUGAAGUUACAUUAUAGAAUUUUAACGAAAAAUGUAUUCGUGUUAGAGAUUUCGCGAUUGUUUCAGUUUCAACGAUGUUUCUCAGGAUGCAGGAUGAAGAUGUUAAAUAAUUCUUCGCGUGUUAUUAUAGCGACACGAGUAAGUUAGUUUCAAGGAUAGUAUUCGUGCCGCGUUUAUAUUGGCAUUAAUGAUUUUAUAUACAUGAGAGUUGAUACUUUGUUUUCACAUUCUAUUAUUAAUCAGAAUCAUUUAAAAUACUAUUGCUGCCAUAUUGUUUGACUGAUGCCAUUAAUAAUUUAUAAGAGAUAGAUUUCCGACCUAAAAAGACUGCCGGCCAACCGGCCAAACUGCGUAUUCAUCGAGAAUAGCGACAAACAAAACAAGCAAGUAAAACUGUCGCGAUAGAUUAAAGAUAUUUAUCUCAAUCUAGAAAAAAUACGACACGCGUCCAUAUUCGUGAUCGAAUCAAUUAACCGCGAAUUACAAGACGGUUGAAUGAAAAUCGAAAAAAAUUGAUCGUAAACGAUAUCGUAAAUAUUAGCUGUAAUAAUACAAAUAAUCUCGAUUAUACAUUAUCAACAAUUGAGAUCGUCUACAAUCUGGAGAGCAGCGACUGACUAAAUUUUCCUUUCUCUAUGAUAUCGCCAUGAUUCAGGGAGAGAAAAGAAAUUCGGCGAUGCUAAUAAAUUUAGAUUGUCGAUGGAAAUGGUUUCAUAACAAUAGAAGUUAGAUGUUAGAAGUAUAAAAAUGCAAAUUUUUUUCAUUAAAAUAUCGAGCUUCAAUUUUGAGGGGAAGCCAAAACGAAAGAGAAAUUUGCCGUGGGUGAAAGAACAACGCACUGCCAAAAUAGCGCAAAAAGAAAUCUUUUAUACCAUUAACGAUCGAUCGAUUAACGAAAUGCGCCGUACGUAAUGUAUUUAAUACACGCACGUUAAUUCAUGGUAUUAUCGUAGCUUUAAUCGUUAUCAGCAGUUACCGCACUUUGUAGGGUUCUGUAACUCACUUAGAAAGACGCGAAAGAGAGAAUGAUAGAAAGAAAAGCGGAAAAGAGGAUAGAGUGAAUGAAAGAAAGAAACGAACGCGUGCACGGAUGAAAAGGAAGAGAGAUGAGGAUAAAAAGAAAUCAUAAACUUUUUGCUAAUCGUAAAAAAUGUUCGCGCGAGUGCUAUUGAAACUUAUAAAAAAAAAAGGAGAAAGAGAAAAAAAGAGAGAGAGGGAAAAAAUGAGAAGCCCAACUCUCUCAUUUCCGAUGUGAGAAUGUUAUGCGAAGAGAGGAUGCGGAGAGGAUAUAAGCAUAGGCGGGAAUAAAGUCGGGAAGAAUAAAAAUAGAUGGCAUAAAAAUAAAUCGGCACGGGAGUAAAGUAUAGAGGAGGAGAGAGAAAGGGCAGAAACAGAGAUAUUCUAGUUUUCUGAUGCGAGUUGUGAGGAACCGAUACCGAUGAAAAAAAAAACAUACGACUCGUUUUUCUCUAAACUGUUAUACCUUGAGGUUUAUGCAUGAUACACACGUAUAUGUAUAUGAAUAUAUAAGCACACACGCAUACAGAUACACACAAUGCAAAACAAUAUUGUACGUGAGUACCGACGUGAAUGAAAGACGUACACGCGACUGAUCAUCACAAAUAUACAUAAAUACGUAUUUACACUUUGCAUUUAGCAUUAAAUGCGAGCAUCUCAAAUAUUUACUUUUCACAGUGUAAUAUCUCUAAUAUAAUUUUAAGAUCGCACAGCGAAGAUUGCAGACCAAAAAAAUUCGAUAUCCGCAUUUAGCGUUAAAUACGAGAUGUAAAUGCGAAGGCACAAACGUCCUUUUCACAGAUUGCCAAGUGACUCCUUCGUGUUGCCCUGCGCUAAUUAAAGACAUCCUACACGUUAGUUUCUCCUUAUCUCGCUCAUCAACGACGAAAGAUGAGUUUACCGUUGAAAUCGUCGUCAUUGCUUUAUCUGUCGGUUCCGUCUCUUAAUAACGGAUAUUCGAUCUUGUUGAUUAUUUAUCGCAAAAAUACGAUUUUUCGUGUUGAUCGAUUAUUCAAAUUGUCGCGAUCAGCUACGAUAAUUAUUAUACGUACGUUCCAUUUGCUAAUCUUCCCAUGAAAAUAUCAAGGAUUCAUUUCCGUUUUUUCGAAAAUCGCGGGAAAUGUUUUUAUUAGUUUGUCGCGUCUAAAAGUCGUUAAAAUUCGUGCAUGUAAUGUAUUUGUUUAUUUAUCGUCGCGCGUGUCCGAAUUCAAUCUGAGUUAAAAACAUUGCCAAGAGCGUAUCAGUCCGUCUGCCGUGAAUACAACAGUAAUAAUAACGAAUUAUAGUGAUAGUAAUUAUUAAUUGUAACUAGCGAUGUACUUCCACUUUCCGCCGGAAAACAUGCGUUUCUGUACCAUAGUACUUGUAUGAUAUUUAUAUUUUAUAUGUACAAAUUAGUCAUGUAAUUUCUUGUAAUAAAGAUCAAUUUACAACGUG